AUGGAGGUCACCAGAAGAAAAAGAACUAGAGGCCAGUGGGAUUGUUACUGGGAACAGGUGUACGCCGACCUGAAACAAAAGCAGAAGAAGAAUGAUGCUGCUGCUGCUUUUCAAACCUUGAAUUCCGAUGAUAUGGAGCAGAAUCAUGGUGUUGAAACGUUGAUUCCCGACGAUAUGAAGCAGAAUCAUGGUGUUGAGACGUUGAUUAGCGAUGAUAUGGAGCAGAAUCGUGGUGUUGAAACGUUGAAUGCCGAUUCUGAAGAGGUUUUGAUUGCAUCGGAUUUGGAGCAGAAUGAUGGUGUUGAAGCGUUUGACAAGAAUGAUGGUAUGAAUGUGGAUGAUGACGAUGAUGUUAACAACAGUGGCGAACAUGAUGUGGAAGAUUCAGAUGAGCCUGCCUCUAAAUCUGAGGAGGAAGAUGAUGAUUGUAAAGGAGGCGAGUCUUUGGUUUCUGAAUCAUUAGAUGAUGAGUAUAGUGUUGCUGAAAACACUAGGAGGAAUAAGCAUCGCAGAAAAGAGAGUCCUACAAAGCAAGUAAAUGUUAUCGUUAUUGAUGACGACGAUGACGAUGACAAUGAUGUUAGCAACAGUGGCGAAGAUGGUGUGGAAGAUUCAGAUGUUUCUGUGGAGGAUUCAGAUGAGGCUGCCUCUGAAGAUGAUGACUAUAAAGGAGGCGAGUCUUCGGUUUCUGAAUCAUCAGAUGAUCAAUAUGCUGUUGCUGAAAGCACUAGGAAGAGAGAGCAUCUCAGAAAAGAGAGUCCUGCAAAGCAAGUAAAUGUUCUUGUUACUGACGAUGACGAUGAUGUUAGCAACAGUGGCGAAGAUGGUGUGGAAGAUUCAGAUGUUUCUGUGGAGGUAUCAGAUGGGCCUGCCUGUGAAUGUGAGGAAGAUAAUGACUAUAAAGGAGGCGAGUCUUCGGUUUCUGAAUCAUCAGAUGAUGAGUAUGCUGUUGCUGAAAACACUUUGAAGAGAGAGCAUCUCACAAAAGAGAGUCCUACAAAGCUGAUGAUCAAAGUGAUCAAACCAGUGAAACAAGGUCUCAUGAGCACAACACAAUUUCUGAAGUAUUAUGUGCCUGAGAGUGCCCUUCCUUCGAGGUUCAGAUUUGAGGACGAGGUGGUGCUCCCUCCACACAAAUCAGAGCAUGAAAAGUUCAUAGAUGAACUCUUUCAUGAUCUAGAGUUAGGAUUACGACAAAUCGAUUGCACUAAUCCCGUGGCUGAGAGUGAUGAGCUUGAGACCAGUGUGGAGAUUGAUGGAAGUUGUUGCUGCCGAGGGAAGCAUCAAGCUAUUCUUGAUGAACAGAUAGGGCUCAUUUGCAAAAACUGUGAUGUUGUGAUUAUGGACAUAAAGCAUGUCUUACCACCUUUUCAUGUACCAACUUGGGAGGGGCGAGACAAGAGGUAUUACCGUGAUGAGUUCCAAAGCUCCUACUUAAGCGAGAUUCAAUUUGAGGGCACUGAUUCCAGUAUCCCUGGUUCGACAAGUUGUAUGAAAGGAACAGUAUGGGAUUUAAUCCCUGGUGUUAAGGAAGAACUGUACCCUCAUCAGCGGGAGGGCUUCGAGUUCAUGUGGAGAAACAUAGCAGGAGACACUAAACUUGAGAAACUGAAGCAGACUCUUGCUGAUGAUGCAAGAGGGUGCAUAAUCUCACAUGCCCCAGGCACUGGAAAGACUCGUCUCACCAUAGUGUUCCUGCAGUCAUUCCUGAAGCUGUAUCCAGCCUGCAGCCCCUUGAUCAUAGUUCCUAAAGGGAUGCUUCUGACAUGGGAAGCUGAGUUCAAGAAAUGGAACUUCAACAUAGAUUUUCAUAAUUUAAAUAAGAAAAAGCUAUCCGGAAAAGAACAUACAGUUGCUACUGAGGUUCUUGAGGAAAUUGGGAGUGGAGUCUUAAAUCAAGACUGCAUUCGCCUGCUUAAAUUGUAUUCCUGGGAGAGAGGUGGUAGCGUCUUAGGGGUCAGCUACAAACUGUUUGAGAAGCUUGCUGGAGGAAGAAAUGGGAAAAGUUUGCAGCAUAAGAAAAUCAGGGAGGUGCUUCUUCAAAGGCCGACCCUUUUAGUGCUUGAUGAAGGGCAUACACCUCGUAAUAACAAUAGCCUGAUAUGGAAGGCCUUGGCGAAAGUCUCAACACAGCGACGUAUCAUCUUGUCAGGCACUCCAUUCCAAAACAGUCUCAGGGAGCUAUUCAACACUCUGUGCGUCGUAAAUCCAAAGUUUGCAGAUCAGGACAACAGUGUACGUGGACCAAGAUGGAAGAAUUUGGACAACUCAUCUGGCAUAAAUAGGGGCACGAUGUUGGGGAUGAGGACUGUGCUCGAACCAUACAUUCAUGUGCACAAGGGAACUGUGCUAGAGGAAAAGCUUCCCGGACUGAGGCACACGCUAGUAUUCUUGCAUCCAACAAAGUCUCAACAGCCACUGCUAGAAAGAGCUUGCAAAGAGAAGAUGUUUAAGAUGAUUCGGAUGGUAUCCCUAGUCUCUGUUCAUCCUUCAAUACGUGCAGUAGUGAAGGAGUACUUCACUAGAAGAGAGGAGAUUGCAACGGAUAUUGAUGCUGGGGUGAAGGCAUGGUUUCUUCUGAACCUAGUACGCUUUGCUGAUGCACUCGGUGAGAGGGUGCUCAUCUUCGGCCAGUUCUUAGACUCUCUUAUAUUCAUCAAAGAGCAGCUUGGGUCCAUUUAUUCAUGGAAUGAAGGAAGAGAAGUGGUUUACAUUGAUGGACAGGUUGAUGAGAAGAAACGCCAAGAAUCCAUAUAUCGCUUCAAUGAUGAAACAAGCGAAGCAAAGGUGCUUCUUGCAUCUGAGAGAGCUUGCUCGGAGGGUAUAAAUCUGACAGGGGCUUCAAGAGUUGUGCUGCUGGAUACCAUGUGGAAUCCUUCAGUGGAAAAGCAAGCAAUCUGCAGGGCUUACCGUCUUGGACAGAAGAGAGUGGUGUAUGUAUAUCGCCUAUUUACAUCUGGAAUCGAGGUCGGACAAUAUAAGCAGCAGCAUCUGAAGGAGCGCAUAUCACAGGGAUUAUUCUCUCUUGGUGAAGAGCAUAGUGAAUAUGCAGGAGCAGUUGCAGAGGACAAGGUUAUGGAUGCCAUGCGCAGCCUUGAAAAUUUCGAUCAGAUAUUUGAGAAGAUUAUUUCCCAACCAAAGGAAUCCGACCUCAUCAAAACAUUUGGAAUGGAAGGGCUUAUAUGUUGUUGCUGGUUGUGA